CACUCGUGAACAGCGCCCACUAAAAAGGACUAGAAGUGAAUGACCGACUUAUUACUCUAGCUUUGUGCAUGUCAUUAAAGUCGUGCGUUUAGUCUGGAAUACCAGUUUUACAGACACGUGGCUUUCGCGUUGAACUCAGUAUUAUAUUUAAGAACCGAUCGCAAGACAGGAUGCGAGACCGAACCAAAGAGUUGGGGAUUCAAGGUGCAGAGUCCUCAGAUGAGGAUGAAGAGCACAGGGCGCUAAUGAUCAAACCAGGAUCUGCCGAGAAAGAAGAAAAGGAGAAUGAAGCUUUCUUUAAGAAGGUGCAAGAAGUUCGGGAAGGACUUGAGGCUCUGAGGAAGAAGGUUUCAGAACUGGAGACAAAACAGAAGACCAUUUUGGGAGUGCCACUGCCAGAAGACAGUAUGAAAAAGGAGCUUCAGUUGCUCAGGGACGACAUCAAAACACUAGCUGGUCAAAUCCACAAGAAGAUCAAGAGCCUUGAACCCAAGAAAAUUGAAGAAGAUGGCAGAUAUGUCCCAGUCAGUCAAAGAAUGCAGAAGACACAGCAUGUCAUCUUGUCCCGGGACUUUGUUGAACUGAUGGGUUACUGCAAUAAUCUUCAGGCUCAAUACAGAGAUCGGAAUGUGGAACGAAUAGAACGACAAAUGAAAAUCACCGGCACACCAGUAACACCAGAACAACUUGAGUCUAUGAUAGAGACCGGACAGACUGAUGUUUUCACACAGAAUAUUCUGAACGAUGCUCACGCUACCAAGCAGGCACUAAACGAGAUUGAGACGCGGCGGGAUGAAAUCAUGAAGUUGGAGAAGAGCAUCAAGGACCUUCAUGACCUCUUCCAGUAUCUCUACAUGGAGGUCGAGGCACAGGGAGAGAUGGUGGACCGCAUCGAGAACAACAUUCUCAACUCCACAAACUACAUUGAGAAGGCAGUGACUGACACAGAGAAAGCUGUCGUCUCCCAGCGGAAAGCACGCAAGAAGAAGAUUUGGAUUGCACUGUGCCUUUUUAUACUCUUGAUAGUCAUAGCCAUCAUCAUUGCUGUUAGUUUCGCCUCCUAAGAUUACAUUCCUCAAUUGCACUGUCCAUCCCUUGGAAUAAGAGGAGACUUUGUCUUACUGAUAUCAUGGACCCUUUUUACUAACAGUUUUUCCAUUCAAAACAGACCUGAACACAGGCUUCUCUUUUUAGUUUUGAAGUUUCAUGUCAUCCUUUUUAACCUUGGAUAGUCACGGAUGUCCUUCCACCCAACAACCAUGAAAAAAAACACUGCUAUUAACUGAACCAGAUGAAGGCGAUGCCUCUGGUUAACAGAUUUCACUGCAUUUCAAAAUUGUGAGGGACACAAUGCUCUGAAACCCAUGGACUUUCAUCAAGGGGGACUAUUGGAGAGAGACAAAAUCCCAAGAACCUUGAUUUUGUGUACUCAGGAAAAUCCACAGAAAUGAAAAUUCUUAAAUGCAGUUUGUUUUUUCAUACCGAUUGCCCGAUGAAAUACUGUGAGAAUGUUCCACUGGCCAUCGGUUUUAAUCUUGACCCUUACACUAACACGGAACGUGACCUCUGACUAAUCUUAUUUGGAGGGUGCUGUUGAGAGGAAGGAGAACUGCACAAAUCCAGCCGGGUCAUGCUUGUACAUAUGUUAUGUAAAGAUGUUACUGAGAUUCACCUGCUGACGUAUACAUACCCCUUUAGUUGUGAUUUUCAUUCAUGAUCCAUGAGAUAGACUCUAAAAAGCACUCUGCCAAUGAGUGCUUCACCGACUUCCCACCUCUCCAGCCUUUGUCCUAUCUAUGGGCCUAAAUGUUUUGUUUGUUUGUUUUUAUAUGAGGCAAUGCAAUGUUAAAGCUUUCAGAACUUGAGUAUUAAGCCUUACUAAACAAAAAAAACGUUUGAGGAGAGGCUCAACAAUGAGAAUGGUGCUCCCCUCUUGUUUCAGCUCAAAUCUGUCUCUGGAAGGACAGAUGUCACGUUCGCCUGUAUGCACUGUGUAGCCUGGUGCCUUGCCCUAGUGCCUUUCCUCCAGCUUGGCUCCUUCGCGCUGUCCACCUGAGGGAUGUACUGCGAAGCAAGGUUAUUUGCUUAUACAGUUAACUCACCUGGGAGUCACGACUGAUCUCUAAAGGAACACUGCACUGAGCGUCUUAUCGUUUCAAAACUAACGUUGUUUUGAUUUCAGCAAAUACUCCUGUAGUUAUCUGGAUGAGUCAAUAACCUCGCUUCAUAGUGCAGCCCGCUGCUUCCCAGAUGUUAUCCAAUUCUGAGUCGAUCUAGAGCUGCUUUUCUGUGACACUUUGCAAAGGUCAAGGAACAGGAGAGUUAUUUGUCAUUGUUGACACCUCUAUAUGCCCUAUGCUGUCUGAAAUAAAGACUUGAGAAUAAGGGACCAGAGGUUGGUCAUCUGUGGGACAACCCAGUCCUCAUGUGGUCACACUUUGGAAAUGUGGGUGGGAUGUUGAGUGAGGAAAACACAUUAAUUUUACUCGACUGUCAUGUUUUAUGCCAAACUUUCAGCCUUCAACUCAUUUACUUUUAAUGUAGAUUUGUUGGGUUUAUGUGAAAUAAAGAUUUUAUUGUAUACACUGA